UCAUAUGACCAGGAAAUGGCGCUUCAGUGAUCAGUGUAUGUAUCAGUUAUGUAAACGCUGGAGAUUGUUUUCAUAUCCUGUUUUUUCUUUCUUUAAAUAUGCGUGUUCAAAUCUUGGACGGAUUUCGUGUCGUUAUAGACGCGGUUUAUGGUUAAUGAAGAAAAAGUGAUGUAGAGAGAUGUUCCGCCUUGUGUUAGCUUAGCUAUCUGUAGGACAGUGACUUUGUGAGUGUAGUGAAAGUUAGCCAGGGGAUUUUUUUGGUCUUUUGAGCAAAUAGUGUGUUUAAUAAUAACAGUUUGUCCAGACAUUAAUGCUUGUGAAGGUUUUCUGAGCUGAAGAAGAUGCAGACAGGAGCAGUAGCACUGCUGUUUCUGUCUCUCCGGGUGCUCACGGUGUACUGUGAUGGCACAGUGUCGCUGAGUGCUCCAAAUGUUCUUGACUUGGAGGAGAAAGUUUCUAAAAAUAUCACCAUUACAGCAAGUUUGCCUCUGAAUGUUACCACAUACAUUUUUUUCAACAUUACAUUCAACUCAACUAACAUCUCUUCUAUAAUUAAUCUUCCAGACGAGGUUGUUUUACCAGCUGGAAAUGUUUCAACCAGUUUUGAAGUGCAAGCAAAAAGCGUUGGACAGGUCACUGCGUAUCUGUACAGCAACAACACUGAAGUCCAAAGCCUAAGUACUCGAAUCAGAUUUUUGAUCAUCAGAAGCAGGAUUCUUGAAAUCAUCAACCAAAUCAUUGGAUGGAUUUACUUUCUGGCUUGGUCUAUUUCUUUCUAUCCUCAGGCGUUUGAAAAUUGGAGACGAAAGAGUGUGGUGGGCCUGAACUUUGAUUUUCUCGCACUCAACCUCACUGGUUUCAUUGCAUAUAGUGUAUUUAAUGUCGGCCUCUUUUGGAUACCUUACAUAAAGGAAGAGUUUUUGAAGGAAAAUCCAAAUGGAGUCAAUCCAGUAGAUGCCAAUGAUGUGUUUUUCAGUCUGCAUGCAGUGGUCCUUACUCUGAUCUACAUUUGCCAGUGUGCAAUGUAUGAGAGAGGAGGCCAAAAGGUAUCCAAGGUGGCCAUUUUUUUACUGGUGGUCGCUUGGACGUUUGCUUUCGUCACACUUUUUGUUGCUGUUGCUCAGAAGAUCUCAUGGCUGACUUACCUGUACUACUUCUCCUACAUUAAGCUGGGUGUAACGCUGAUUAAGUAUAUUCCACAGGCUUACAUGAACUAUCAGCGACAAAGCACACAAGGGUGGAGCAUUGGCAAUGUGCUACUGGAUUUAACAGGAGGCAGUUUCAGUCUGCUUCAGAUGUUUCUGGAAUCCUAUAACAACAAUCAGUGGAAGCUCAUAUUUGGAGACCCAACAAAAUUCGGAUUGGGUGUCUUCUCAAUAUUUUUCGACAUUAUUUUUAUGAUUCAGCACUACUGCCUUUAUCGUGGUAAAGGUCCUGAAUAUCAGGUACUGAAUGGUGAGAAUUAGGGAACAACUUAUGAUUGUGUGCAGUUCAGGUAAAGAUGCCUUAAAGGAGUAGGACCUUGGACCUACCUCAGCAAAAAAAAUUGUUCUUAAAACACUUUUUUAUAAGGGUUUUUUUAUGCCUAAAAUCUUAGACAAUUUAUAAAAAGCAUUUUGAUGUUGAAUUGAUAAAAUCUUGAAAUGUACUAUAGCUGGACAAACAUAACUUUAUAUUUUUAUAUGAAAAAGAUUUAAGUAUGAUUAUGCAUUCUGUAAGGACUUUUUAAAGAAUAUCCCCUGAAUUCAAACAUAUGAUGGUUAAUGUUUAACUUCUUCUGUAAUUUUAAUUAUAUAUAAUGGUGUUCAAGUCAGAUUUGUUAACAUAUUGACAUUUUAUUUUGCCUAUAUACGUGCACAAAGAGAAUCAGGAAACAUUUCUCAUGAGCACAAUUAGCAGUAUCACAAAGUAACCUCCAGUGCUUUGGACCAAUCAUGUCUCAGAUUCAAGAAUAAUCCACCUGAAAAGCUGUUUGACUAAAGCUAGUUUACACAAAAUAGAUUUCAGUGUAGUUUCUACCUGCUGAUGAAUGCAAACCAGACCUCCUCCGGCCAAGGUAUGACAGGAGCUAUAGCAAUUAGAUUGCAGCCUAGCUAAAUGAACUAAUGUUGCUGAUGCUAUUAAUGGCAAGAGAGCUUUUAGUUGCUUCAAAAUUGUAUAAUAAGGUUAGGAGUACAGUACAGUACUUAGUAAUACUAAAAUGUCAAACUUUUAGUUUCACUACCACCUACUACUACUACUUUUUCGUCUUCUUUGUCUACGUCUUUAUUAUUUUUUAAAAUGACCUUUUGUUGAACACUCAUUGUAUUUGUUCCUCCCUUUAUUUGUGUUAAAUAAAAAAGGAACAGACAGUA